AUGUCCCACUGGGAAGCAGUUAUCGGCCCUCAUCGACAAUCCUCAGUCAUACCUGAGUUGACGCCGUCGAUGGAAGAGGAUGCUCGGGGUCUUGUGCGGGAUUUAGGCGUUCUGCACACCCCAGACGAGGAGAUGUCUGAUCCGAGUUUGGACCGAGAUUGGGAGAGCAGUCCAGCUGAUCGACAAUCACCUCCACCGAGGGCAUCGCCGCCACCAUUGGCAUCAUCUCCGUCGAGAGUAUCGUCCCCGCCAUUGGCAUUACCGCCGCUAGUGGCAUCACCUCCGUCGGGGCCAUCGCCGCCGCCAUUGGCAUUACCUCCGUCCAGACAUCUCCCUCGUGUGUCUCCGGGGCACAGUGAUGAUUUGUAUGCCCGUUUGACUGGAUUUAUAGCGGAGGAGAUCGGGGCGCUACGACGAGAUUUGACAGAGAGGGAUACAAUAGCGGUGCUUAGAGGAGAUUUAGCCGGCAGACGAUGGUGGGAUAGAGGGAAUGGCGGAGAUCAUGAUCGAGAGGAUGACAGAGAUGGUGAUGGAGAGGGGGGGGGUAGCCUCAAUGGGGAUGGGAGAGGGGACUACAAAGGGGAUGGCCCCGACGAGAGGGGCGGAGGAGGUGGCGACGGAGGGGGAGGCCCUGACGGGAGGGGCGAAGGUGGUGGCAACGGAGGGGAAGGCUCCGAUGGGGGGACGGAGGAGGUGGCCCCGGAGGUCGAGAGGACACUCGACGUGAUUGAGGGUAAGAGAAGUGCUGUUGAUGAGAUGGAGCAGGUGGUCGGCAAGAGGUUGAGAGUGCCGUCAUACUUAUUUUGCAAAUCGUGGUACAUUUCUAAGUAUGAUGUACUCUCUGUUAUGGAAAUUGCAAUAAAACCACCAAAUUGCAAUAAACUCCUCUUAACUGACCCAUCAUCUCGAGGAGUCUUUUUCUGUACUCAAAAUACAUUUUCGUUCCCUCAAGCCCUCGCGAUACUCACCCUCUUGUCCCUUUUUAGCUUGAUUUUUGUUCGGAGUUCUGUCCACUGUCGAGUCAAUUAUCUCAUCACACCGAUCAUAACAAGAAGAAGAAAUAUUUUCGUUUUCUCGAUUAAAGGUGGUGGAAAUGUGAGAGUAAAAUCCAGAUUUGUUAUACAAGUUGGUGACACCAACCAGACAACUCCUUAUAAUUUAUUGCACCGGUUAAUGAAAAUGACCGAAAAACCAAAGGUGGUGGAUUCGGGUUCUGAUAGUCUGAGUUCAAACUGUGAAUUUGAAGGAAAGGGUAAUCAAAAUGUUUUGUUAUGUGAUCGUGUAAAUGGAUUACAACAGCAAGGGAUUGAAUCUGAUAGCUUUGUGGUUGACAUGGAUCGCUUUGAGGAAGAAAUAUAUAAAAAGUCAAGAAUUAAAUUGCAGAGAAACCUUUCGAGAAAAGGAUCGCUUAGUCGAGGCAGCGAAAAGAAAAUUAACCAAAGUACAAGCAACAAUAUUAGAGACACUAGCUUGGUUGCAAACUCGCCACGAGGUUACCCUUUCCAUAGGAGUAGCAUGCUUGAAAUUCCAGUCCUAGAGACUUUGGGGGCAGUUGAUCGCGCCAUCAACUUCCCAGUCCAUAACCAACUCACAGUCGUGAAUGGCACAGUGGACAACAUGGCUGUCGAAAGCAAAUACUUUGGCAAGAGGUUUAGUUUCCGGCAGUCUUCUUCCUUUUCGUGGAUUAUUGAUCCUAGAAGAAUUCUUAUCUUCUUCGCAACCCUGUCGAGCCUGGGAACUAUACUACUAAUCUAUCUCACCUUGUCUAUGAGCAAGCUCAAUGCGGAAUAGAUUGCUCUGAAUUGAUGAUCCCCCACCUUUUUUGAUAUAAAGAGAGUUGUUGAACAUGAUUUUGCUUAAAAUUAAUAGUUAUGAGUAAUUUUCUGCUUAUGAUGAAUGGGAGACUAGCAGGAAGAAACAAAGUAGAGAAGCUGAAAAGUUGAGACAGAAAGGAAUAAAAAACUGGCCUUUCAUCAAAUUCAGCAGAUAUUCACUUUUUUGAAGGGCCGACCAUUAUCAAUGGCGUAAUCUUGAAGUGAAGACACAACAGAUAGCACUAAGACAAAGCAGGAGAAUCUUGUAUUUUCUAUGAUUAGUCGCAACAUGAUUUGUGUACUUUAUUGCGUUGGUUUUGUCUAUCUUAGUUAUAGGUGUCAAAAUGAGUCGAACAGUUUAGACAUGAUAAACCAGGUCCACUUUUGGCAUGACCGACCCGGGUGGCCGGUCAGAAGGACUUCCCGGGGGAAAGCAUGUUCACAUCUUUUACAACUAAUGCAGUCUUCAGUCCUUGAAGCUAUGCAAUUCAUUGA